AUGAAAAUCUCACUUCUAUAGCUUGAGAGAUCUUAUUUAGAUGCUAUUACAGAAUUGGGGGAACACUCUUAAAAAACUUAAGAAAUACGUGUUAAUCUUAUUGAAAUGCUUAACCAAACAGGCAGAUACUUACUAUUUCAAAAACUUAAUGGAGAGAAGUAUCUCUAAAGAGCUAUAGAAUUAGCAAAUUUGUUAAAUAUGGAAGAACAACUAAUUGUUAAAUAUUAGUCAUAUAUGUUUUAUGCAGAGUACCUUGAAGUCAAAAAGAAUUAUAGUAUGGCAUAUAAUUUGUUAAUGCAGUUAAUCCCUUUAGCGAAGACAAAUGAAAGGAAUAUCAUAAUGAUUUAAAUUCAAAUUCUUAAUCAUCUAAUUGAAAAUGGAAGAGUGUGUAAAAGAAAUAAUGUUAUACAAUUGAAUGAAUAAUUGCUAAAUUUAAUGGAGGAGAUUGGACUUAGUUUUUAUUUGUAUAAAGAAUUUCCAAAUAAGUUUCAACAAAUUUUAUUAUAAGCCUUAUCAUUCUAAGCAAAAAUAUACUAGAGAUAAAAUAAAGAUAGAGAGGCAACAUAGCUCUUUUUUUAGUCUUAUCAUCUUUCUGAAGAAUUGUUGGGAUUUAAUGAUAAAAGAACACAAGAAUAUAAAAAGUAGUAUGAACAUUUGAGUGAUAAAAUCUCUGUUAAUUUAGAAAUUUAAAGUUAAGAAGAAGAAGAAGGUGAUAAUAUAGAGUAAAAUCAAAAUACUUAGAGAGAAGAAAAGAAAAUAUUAUCUUUUAGAUCUAAAAAUACUUACCUUAACAAUUAUAUUAUAAAUGUAGAUUCUGCUAGAGUACCAAAAUUAUCAAAAAAGAUUGAUAAGACUAAAAUUGAUAGACCUCUAAUUAGUUAAAGAGAUCCACCAAAAUUUAGUGAAUAGUAAUUUCAAUAACUAUUUAUAUUAAAAAAUCCAAUAAAAAGACCUUUGAGUUCAUAAGGAACUACAAAAAUGACAAGUCCAACUAGAUGUUAAUCAAUAGUUUCAAAGAAAAAUACAGAUAAAAUAAAAAAUAGAGUACCUUCUUUAGAAUAAAGUUUAAUAAAAUAAUUGGAAACAGCAUAACCUUAGGAUAGAUUUAAUGAUCUCAUAAUUAAUAGGCCACAUUAUGAUGAAGUAAGGAAAUAUGAAAUUGUAAAAGCUACAAAAUAAAGAAAUACUAAAUAGAUAGUUUCCAAUUAUUUAAUUUAGUUAAUCCCUCCAUCUCAUUCAUCAAGGCCAUAAAUUAGAGAACCAUCCAAAACUAAUAUUCUUUAUAAAGUAGACAGCAAAAAGUUUCCAAGUAAUCCAAGCAAUUAAAAGAUUGAAAGAAGUUCUCAAAAGAAAAUAACUACAAAUGAAAUAUAACCCACAUUAAGUAACAUUAGAUUAAUUGGUAGUGGAAUCAAUUUAACAAAUGAAAAUGAUGAUGAAAAUAUUAAGUAAUAAGAAGAUGACAGAAAUUAUUCAUUUGAAGAAGAACCUAUUAAAGUAAUGACACAAUAUGAUCCAAUUAUAGCAAAAUUUUUAGAGAAACAUUCAAUGGAGAUUUUAUUAGAAGCUGUUGAUAGAAUAAAGUCUAAAAUGAAAUAUCAUGUUUAUUAUUCUAGAAAAAAAAGAAAUGAAAUUGAAUUAUAACAAAAUCAAAUUUCACCAAUUAAAAUACAUCCGCAUACUAAAAAUAUGACAAGAUCAAAUACUUAUGGAUUUGAGAUUAUGGAUAUUGUUGAAAAAAAAAUAUUAGAAAAUGAAGCUAGCAAAAUAAUACAUAAAUUAAUAUCUCCUUCAAAUUAAUUAGAUUGGUAUCCAAUUCAUUUUUAUAAUAAAUUAUUUACAGAUAAUGAAACUUAAAAAUGGAUAUUAUAAAAUCCUAAAUUUAGAGCUUAAAUACUUUAAAAAUCAUAAGAUAAAAAAUAAUAUUAAUAACUUACUGUUGAAUUAAUAUAAGCAAUGUUAUCUAAUUAAAAAAAGUCUGCAACAAUUUAAUUGAUAGCUUCAAUAGAAUUAUCUAAUCAUAUACGAAAGUUUUAAGUGAGAUUUAUAAUAAAUUCAUUAGCUUAACAUUACAAAGAAAUAUCUAAUUAUGAUGAUAUGAUGGAUCUUUUUAAUCAAUUAACUAGUAUUUAUUUCAACUAAGAAAAUUUAUUAAAUGAAUGGAAAGAAGAAAAUCGAUUAUAUACAUUAUAUAUAGUAAAUUAAAAUUAAGAAACAUAAGAUUAAAAAAUAUAAAAGUUAUCUGACAAAAACAAAGGAUAAAGAAAUGAUGAAACUUAAAAAAUAGAUUAUUAUUAAGAUUUAUUAUCAAAAAUCUUAUUUUUUGUUAGAAGAAAAAGUUAUGUUAAAACAAUUAAUGGAUUUAAAUUUAAAUCAGAAACUUAAGAUCUUUAAGAUUCUAUUUAAAAAUAUAAUAAUACAAUAUAUUAAUAAAAAAUAGAAAGAAUGAAAUCUUAUUUUUAAUAUAAAGAUAUCAUUAUGUUUAGUCAGGAUUAAAAAAAUCCAAAGUAAUAAGCAAAAAGAUAUAGAAAAAAAAUGAAGGAUAAACAUCAUCUCUUCAUUCAUGAUGAUAUCUAAUAUAGUCUAAUAAAUGAUAAUAUUACAUCAUAAUUAUAGGAGAAAAGGUCUGGAUCCAGAUAAAAAAGUAAAAUAAACAAUGAUUCAUUUAAGGAUAAUGAAAAAUUAUCAAGAUAGAAUUCUAGUGAAACUCCUUAUUCUAGAUUUAGAUCAUCAUAAUCAAUUAAAUAAAAUAAAAUAUCUUAAUUAUAAUAUGAAACUUAAGUAGAAUUAAAUGAUAUAUUUACACUUGAAACUCAAGAUUAUUUAUAAAGAUAUUUUUCAGAAUUCAAAUUAAAUGUCCCUCCAAUUAAUUAUUAUCCAACUUCAAAUCCCAUAAUAAAGAAAUUCUUAAUAGAAUCUCAUUAUUACUUUAGAGAAGAAUAUCCUUAUGUAAAAUGUGAUAAGUUGUGUUACAAACCAAUACAUUCUGAUAAUUAUUUAAUUUAAACAUAAAUUGUAAAAAUUGAUAAAUAAUUCUACUUUUUAACUCUAACUAAUAAAUUAAAAUUAGAAUAAAUUUAUUGUAAAGAUAAAUGGGAAGAUGAAUUAGAUAUAUAAUUAAAGGAUUUGAUUAACUAUUCUGUUGGGAGAACUGGAUAUAUUAUUGAUUUUAUUAAGUUACAAGAGAUUUUAUAAUCGAAAUUAGAAAUAGUUAAUUGUAAGAUUUAAUUAAAAUAAGAAUAGACGAAUGAUCUAUUGAUAAAAAAGAAUCUAAAGUUAUUUAGAUAAAAUAAGAAACUUUAUUAUGCUAGAGAAUCAAUUCAAUUUAUAGAAGAAGGAUUAAAAGAAAUGUCUUAAGAUAGUAUAAAUCAAGAAGAUGAAAGCUUAGAUCAUAUGAAUUUAUAAAAAAGAGAUCCAUUAAUAGACAUUAUCUUUUUGCUUGGAGUAUUGGAUAAUAAUUCAUAUGUAAAAUAUGAUAUUCAUUUGAGAAAUUGUUAAUUUCUAAAGCAUGUAGAUGGAAAAUUAAUGUUGUCAGAACCAGAUUAAAUAAGAAAACCCAAAUUUCCAAUUAGAUUGAUUUUGUCUCAUGAAGAUAUGAAUAAACAUAUUGCUAGAAUGAAUGAAAAUACAAUAAAUAGUAAGGAUAUAUUAUUAUUUCCUCAUUUUAAUUCUCUUUUUUUAGUUAAAUAGAUACAAUUUAAUUACAAAAUCAUAAAGUUAAAAUUACAAAUUUAGUCUGAUUUCAAUAAAUUACAUUAGAAUAUUCGUGAUAAUUUUGCAAGAGCUCAAUUAUUCAUUUAUAAAAAUAAUGAUAGAAAACAUGUAAUAUCUUUAAAUUCAUAGUAAACUGAAAGAUGGAUUCAUACUUUUUAGAUUGAUGGAAGAAUAAGAGAUAUUCUCUUUAGCUAUAAAACAAUGAUGAAAAAAACGUUAACUGGAAGGAAGCUAUAAAAAAAUGAUAAUAGAUAAUCAAUAUCAAAAGACAUUAGAUUUUUACUUUUAUAAGAUAAAUUAGUUAAUACGAAAUAGUAUUUUAUUCAAAGUAAAAUUUAAGAUAUUGGAUAUGUAUUUGUUACUGGAACAGUAUUUUAAGAUAUGUUAUUAAUUAAAGUAAUGCCAAUUGGAAAUAAAACAAAAGUUCAUAUUUUUCUUUAUAAAGUCUUUGAUGAUGAUGAUAUCAUUAAAUUAAUGAAUUAAUUGUGUAAGUAUUUGAUUUUAAAAACAACAUACACAUAUUCAAAAUUAAAGUUAGUACCUAUUACUCAAAAUAAAAUUCGUAAAUAAUAUUUAUUAGGAAAUUAAUUUAGUGAUCAUAACUUCUUAAUUGGAUAGAAAUCAUACUCAAGAAUUAUUUAUAAAUAGAUUAAAAAAAUUGAUAAAAAUUAUUUUAUUAUAACAGUAACAUAAAUAAAGAAUUAUUUUCAGUUAUACUUUUAUAAUUAGAGUAAUUGUAGAAGAUUUUAUUUUACAAUUCAUAGAUCAGAUUUUUUAAUAAUGAAUAAAUACUUUUUGGAUUCAAUUUUUCCAGAAUAACCUUAAGAAGUGAUGGAAUAAUUAUGUAGAAAAUGGAGAUUUAAUGAAAUUGCAAAGAUUCAUUCUCUUAUAAUAAAAGCACCUGAAACAUUUAAAAAUAGAACAGAAUUAUAUAUUUAAUAAAUAAAAGAUACUAAAAAAUAUUACAAAAGAUCUGCUACUUCAAGUAUGUCAAGUGUUAAUAAUUUAAUGAGAUCAUCUACUUUAUAGUUGAAUAAUAUAUAAGAUAAUUCAUUUGAAGAAAGUCUCAAUAAAGAGUGUUGGUUAUUUGAUACAUUAUUAUUACGUAACCAAAAAUGUAUAUUUGAAAAGAAAAUAUGGUUGGAAAUCUUAAAAUAGAUGAAUAUCAAUAAUAAUUAAAUUAGUUUAAAUACUUUUAAAACAACAUUGAAUGAAUUAGUAUAUUAAAAUGAUAGAAUAUGUAAUUUUUUAUGUUAUAUUCCAUGUUAAGAAAUUUAGUAAUCAUUUCGUUGGCAACCUAUUAGAUUAAGAAUUUAUGAAUAUGAUACUUGUAAAAGUGUAGAUAUUCCUUUAAGUAUAAGAGGAAAACAAGUCUAAAUUUAUAAAUAAUGUAAUUUAAUAUUAGAAAAUUAUAUUAAAUUUAAAAUAUUGCCAUGUAAUUAAGAAAUAAUGAAAGUUAAUAAGAUUAAUGAUAAUCAAUUAAUAAAAUAUCAAUUACUUUAUAAGGGUGCUUUUAUGAAACAUAAGAUGUUAUUUAUGGCUAUAUAUUUCAAUAAUGAUAUGUUUCACAUCUGUAUUUAGAGUAGUGUAACACAAAUAAUUCGAAAAUUGGACAUAAUUUUAGUAGAAUUAAAGAUCCCUCACAUAAGAUAGUUAUUGAUAUUGAAUCCUUAUGAAGCAGGAAGAAGAAUUAGUAUAAUCUAUAGAAAUAAUUUCAUCAAUGCUUCAUUCUUGAAUUUGUGA